CCUCUCACACACUCUCUCUCCCUCUUCAACAACAUCAUUCAUCUCUGGAAGAUCUGCAAACAAAACCCUCCACCUCCAUUUUAUUUAUUUUUUUUCCGCUUCAAAGCGAUGAGCGACCCCAUGGAACCAUCUACUUCAAAGAGCGACCCUAAUCCAAUUAUUAGCCCCAUCACUCUACUCCACCCACGACGCGAGCCUUUCGAGCAUGGCCUCUUACCUAUCCAGAAGCUCAUUUUCACCGACCCCCUCCAAGCCCUAAUCCCUCUCAAGCAAAAGCUCGCUUCUUCUUCUUCUUCCUCUACUCAUCGAGUCAACUCGGAUGCCCUCGCUGAUGCGCUCCAGAUCUCAUCCGAACAUGCGCGUCUCAUCCUUGAUACUCUCGCCUCGGUGCUCCACUCGGAGCCCGACCCACUCGUCAAUGCCCACCCCGACGAUGUAGACUCUGUUGGUUCCGAUUUGAGUGAUCUGAUCUUGUUUUUGUACAUUCAAUCGUAUAAGAGGCUUUUGCCACGCUCGCACAAAGACUCUGCUGCCGUUGCGGAUGUUUGGCCUUCCACCUCAGCUUUUGACGGUUAUUUGUCGGCUCUUUCACCUUUGCAGCUUGUCCGCAGCAACACACGUCGGUUUAUGCCAUCACAGGCUGAUGAAGAGGCUCAUCAAUUGUCAUAUCUUCAAAAGCACUUGGCUAAUAUUAUGUCUCUUUUGUCAGAGCCUGUGGAGGGGGAAGGCGAAGAGUCUCUGGUUUUAACCAUGGAGGGAUUUGAACACCUUGGAUUUUUGAUUCAAUUUGGUGAUAAGGGAUCUGAAGGAAUUCCUUUAAGCCAAGCUGCUCCAUUUUUUGCUAAUUCAGAUCCAGACAUGCCUGCUGUUCCCGUUCCAGCAUCACAAGUCCUUGAUUGGCUUCUAGAAAAUAUAGCUUCUUCUUUGGAGCAUAUCACUGACAAAAUAUCUGCAAAAGAAAAUGGUCCUCAAGGUGGCUCUGAUCAGGAUGUUGCAAUGGCUGACGCUAGUUCAAGUUCAGCUAGAGCCUCACCAAGUGCGAGGAAUUGUUGCUUCAUUGAGGGAGUCUCUAAAUCAUCCUAUGUAAAGCAGGCAUCUGAUCUCAAACAUUCUUCUAUGAAGGUCAUUAAUUGCCAUGAUUCAGUCAUUUACAUUUUAGCACCUUUGAGAUAUGCUACCAUUUAUGGAUGCUCUGAUGCUACUAUAGUCCUUGGAGCUGUUGGCAAGGCAGUAAGAGUUGAACACUGUGAGCGAGUUCAUGUGAUAAUAGCUGCAAAGCGAGUCUGCAUUGCAAAUUGUCGUGAGUGUCUAUUCUUUUUGGGAGUGAAUCAGCGCCCCCUUGUUGUGGGUGAUAACCACAAGCUACAGGUGGCACCGUAUAAUACAUUCUACUCUCAGUUGGAGGAGCACAUGGCUGAAGUUGGCAUUCAGGCCACUAUGAAUAGAUGGGAUGAACCUUUGGCACUUGGAGCGGUUGAUCCACAUGAUUCAUUAUCUCAUCCUGCAGGUGUUUCUGAUGCGCAAGCAGAGUCAGCUGCACAGUUAGAUCCUGAUCAGUUCACAAAUUUCCUGAUUCCAAACUGGUUUGAAGGUGAAUCAGCUGGGUCGACAAAGGAUAACCCAUUCCCCUUACCUGAUGCAUACUUGAAAUCUCAACUGAGAAAUCAAAAGAAUUUGAGUGAGAUAAAGCAAAUAUUGAGAGAAGCUCCGCUUGAAGAAAAUCGCAAAAGAGAACUGUCAUGCGCGCUGCAUGUAUACUUCAAGGACUGGUUAUAUGCUUCCGGUAACAUACGUCAGCUAUACUGCUUACAAGGUGAUUGAAACCUUGAGGUUACGCGGCGUGAUUAGACAAGUUUAUGGUUUUAAUUCAUUUUCAAGCCCUUUGCCAGAUGGGCGGGUCAUUUCUGUUGGGGGACAAGAGACAAGCUGAGAAGAGAAUCAGCAUAUUGUAAUUUGGAAGGGCAACAAAAUUUUUUAAUGGAUUGGCAGGGAGUCAUGGGCAGAGAAUGGAAGCAAUUAGAUAAAAGACAAUGCUAAUCUGAAUGUAAUAUUUUUGGAUGAAAAAGAUAAAUAAUCUUUUGUAGUGUAAUAUUUGUUAACCUAGGUCUCCAGUGUUUUGUGAAUUUUGUCAUCCCCUUGAUCUAGCCACGAGUGAAUUUUAUUACUUCAGUCUCAUCUUGGAGAAGUGUGUAAUCUAGCUUUUCAUCGACUUCUUUAAAUUUAUUGGACAUAAAAAAAAAAAAAAAAAGAACUGUUUGCA